UCAAAGUCUAAUAAUAGUGGUAGAUCGUCUAAUCCUGCAUCUGUAACGAAUAAAUCGAAUAAUAUCAAUGGUGAUCGUGGUGCUCCAUCAUCAUCAUCUAAUUCUCCAACCAUAUCAGCCACUUCUACUACUACAUAUAGCCAAAGUUGGAAAGUUGUUGGAAGUCCGCCUACAAAUGUUAUCCGAUCUGUCCCACAAAGUCCUGAUGAAUAUCAAGCCUUUCAUUCAAAAAAAUCUGAUGAUGAUAAUCGUGAAAAGUUACGUAGGACUCCUUCUACUACCAACACACCUAUUACCACUACCGCAUCACAAAGACAUCUCAACGGUGGUGUUUCAGAAUUAACUUCUCGACUACUCUCUACAACAAACAAUACGUCUUCCACCCCCACCAACCCAUCCAUCUCUCCCAAUAAUUCCAACACCAUCAUAACUACCAAUUCACCUCCACUACCAUUAACACAACAAAGUAUUGUUAACAUCACAAAUGGAAGUAGCGAUAGUAUAUCAAGCGUUAAUAAUAAUGCAAAUAAUGGUAAUAGUAAAUGGGGUACUUUGGGAGGUAAACUACCUGUUCCCGUACCACCAAAUCCACAGUAUCGUCAACACAGAAGUCUUUCGUUUUCAGUUGGUCAACAUGAUACUGAUUUGUUUGGCUAUGCUCCCAUAUCUUCUUCAUCUUCCAAUCCUCGUCGUGAAAGUGAAGCGGGUCUAAGAUUUGCUUAUCGUCAUGCACUUCCCGUCAUGGAAGAAGAAACUGAUGACCUAUCAAAUUUCAACAUGAAGUUCAGAGCAAGAUCUAAAUCUUCAGCUGCUGCAUAUGGUGCCAUUCCUCCACAUCCUGAAUUUUCUGAUGAUAUAAGCGAAUAUCGUAGGGAAUCUGAGCAAUAUUCUGAUUCAGGUUCAAUUUGGAAUGGUCAUCAAGCUUCUUCUAUUCAAAAUGAUCCUCCAAUUCUUCAUCACAGACGUUCGAUCCCUGGCGCUUCUGAUUAUGGUGGCGGUGGUGGGGCAAGCAGUAACAAUGGAGGCGGUGGUGGCAUGUGGGAUAGUUUUAGUGCACACAGACAACAAAAUGCUUCCUCAUCAUACUUAGCAAUGGUAGGCGGAUUGCCAGGUGAACGUGAAAGAUUGGAGAAACUUAGGCAACGUAGAUUCUCUCUUUCACAGGUUCCAACAUAUAAUCAUGAUUAUCAAUAUAUGGACGGAGGCCAAGAUUUAAGACUACAUAAUCAUCGUACUACCACCACGAUGGAUCCAUCUUCUAUUGCACACCUUGUUCAAAGAAGACAUUCAGUCGCAGGACCAUCAAUCUCUUUUACAAAUAAUCAACAAACCAGAUAUAUAUCAGAAGCUUUGGAAUCACUCCAUUUAAGUAAUGUACAACCAGCAUCAUACACCAAUGAUACAAGUUAUGCUAGUAUUCCAGAGGAUAUUGAUGAUUAUUUUGAUAAUGAUGAACAUCGUACUAGAGCAUGGAAUGAACUUGGUAAAGGACUUCCACUUCACGCAAUUCCACCACAUGGUCCAUUAUUUUUGGUUGAAUUUAAAGCAGGACGAACAGAUUUAUUUUAUGUUGCAGAAAAUAGUGGAGUUUUGGUUAAAAAGGGGGAUUUAGUUAUUGUAGAAGCUGACAGGGGUAAAGAUUUGGGUCACAGAGUCAGCAAAGAAAUUCAUCCCAAACGUAUAUAUCGUUUAGCUCAACCACAAGAAAUUACAAUGCUUGUUACAAAGAGUCAAGAUGAAGCUAAAGCUAUGUUAGUUUGCCAAACAAAAGUACGUCAAAAGAAAUUACCAAUGGAGGUUGUUGAUGCCGAAUAUCAAUGGUAA